UGAAAGGUCACAGGGUCAGAGCUCAGAGUAACACGGGCAGCGUUCGCUCUGUGAAAACCUCCAAAACUGAGAAGAUUGUAAUCAAAGGGAACUCCAGACCAAAGUCAGCCAAAGCGGGAGACCCUCUCUCCCAGUCCCUCAAUCCCCCCGAGGGCUCCAGACCCACCAUCCAGCUGGGGACAGCCAGCGUCAGUGAUAGCCUCCUCUCCCAGUCCCUGUCAGCAACUGACCUGCUCAGGGGGAACAUGGCUGCCUCGCGUCCCUCCAGCCCUGCAGGGUCAAAGGUUAGCAUCACUGAUAGUGGGAAGAGUGGGAGUAGCCAGAGGAGCAAGAAGCCCAAACAGGAAGAGGAGGAGAUAGAGGAGCUGGAUCCCCUCUGUCUACCCAACACCUCGCCCAAUGACGUCGUCAGUGAUUGGCUGAGAGGCAUCCCUGCUGACAGCAGCAUGGAUAACCCUGAAGACGAGAUGAACGAGGGAAUUGAGGAGACAGAAGAAAAAGGAGAGGAAGGAGAGGAGAAAGGAGGGGAAACAGAGGGACAGGGAGGAGAGGAGACUGAGGAGAAACAAGAACCGGUUGAAACCACAGAGAUGGAGCAGGAGAACACGGCUGAAACAGGACAACAGGAACAGGAAGUAAAGAAGGCUGCCCAGCAACCAGAGGAAGAGGGAGAGGUGAAAGAGGAGGAGGAAGAAAGGGAAGAGGAGGAGGAGAAGGAGGUGAAAGAAGAAGAGGAAAGGGAGGAGGGAGAGUGCUCUGAGUGUGCUGACUGCUGCCCUGACCCAGCCCCGCCCACCAAUGACAUCACUUCUCCUUGUCAUCCCCACCUGUUCCUCAGCAGCGAGUCCGAGCUGCCCCGGAGCUGCCACUCAUCUGUGGCGGUGAUGAAGGUUCUACUGAGCCCUUCACUGGGCCGAUGCAGCUCCCUACCCGAGAUAGGUUCUGUGUACGGACGCAGACUGAGCUCCUCUGCUAAAGGUCUGCUGGACUGUCUGGCCCAGCUGCAGCUCAUCGACCCGCCCACUUCUCCAGCUGCAGACCCGAGCCCUGACAGGGGCCAGAGUUACCAAGAGGUCAUGGAUAUACUACAGUCACUGUGGCUGUCCGAGCCUGAGAAGGGGAAGGAGGACGAGGGAGAGGAGAAGGAGAGGCUGAAAGACUCUGGUGUGGACCUGACCAGCGUCUCAGCAGGGUCUGGGGGUUCUGGGAAGACCAGACCAGAUGAAACAGCGGGUGACAUCACUCUCAUAGAAGCAGCAUCACCAGCGGCGACCCCAGACAUCACCAGCCGAGUGCGGGGCAGCCCAGGGGAUGAUGAAGGGAGAGGUGAAUUGCUGCAGACCCCUGAGAGCCUACAAAUCCCAGGGAGCCCGUCCUCUUCAGACAGCACAGCCUACAAGUCCCCCACUGACACAGAGAGAGACACCCCAGAGGACACCCCCAGCUCAGGGACACCCCCAUCAGUCCAGAGAGCGCUGCUCACCAAGCGUGUCUCACAGGACCCUGACCCGGUCUGGGUUCUCAACCUGCUGAAGAAGCUGGAGAAACAGUUCAUGACCCACUACGUAGACGCCAUGGCUGAGUUCAAGGUGAGGUGGGACCUGGACGACAAUGCGAUGUUGGACGCUAUGAUCACUGAGCUGAGAGACGAGGUGAAGAAGAGGAUCCAGACGAGCAUUGAUCAUGAACUGAGGAAGAUCCGGGGGCGGGCAAGCCGGGGGCCACGCCCCCCUAACCUGUCCCGGGAGUCAGCUGAAACAGACCAGAGGAGGCGGAGAUUAAAGGUCAUGAAGGUCCAGUCGGUGAAUGAGAGUGAUGGAGAGCAGGGUUCAGGCGAUGUUAGCGACCAGCGCAGCGAGGACGAGUACUGUCCCUGCGACGCCUGCAUACGGAAAAAGGCGGAGGCCCAGGCAAUCAAAAUGGAGGCUGUGGUUGCCAAGGCGCCGGUGAUGAUGGCGUUUGAUCUGUGUAAGAUCCUACGGAUGAAGAAAGACCCAGAGCCUCCGGCGCCCCCUACCCCCAAGGAGGGGAAGAACAAUGACAACCUGGAAGAGGAGGAGAAGAAGGAGGAGGAGGAGGAGGAGCAGGUUGGGGAUCUAGAGGUGGUACACGAAGACGAGGAAGACAAGGAAGAGGAGGAUAUUAUACCAACUGUUGUCAUACAGGAAGCUAUCCCUGAGGAGGAAGAGGAAGAAGAAAGAGUGACUGGGGGAGAGGAGGAGGAGGAGGGACAGGAGAGUGAUGGAGCUGAGUCUCUGAUUGGGGAAGUAGAGGAGAAAAUAGCUGAGGAGAUAGAAGCUGAAGAACAGGAGGAGGACGGAGGGUAG